AUGGAUCUUCCUGCUAACCAGCUUGAUCUCCUCCUCCACCAGCACACGGGCAGUGAGAACAGCAGCACCAAGAGGAGAGAGAGAGAGAGAGAGAGAGAGAGAGAGAGAGAGAGAGAGAGAGAGAGAGAGAGAGAGAGAGAGAGAGAGAGGCCUAGGAUCAGGUCCUUGGCCUCUCUAGCUAGCACGCUUGACAAGAGGGGACUCCCCCCACAGAUCCCAACGGUGCUGCGGAAGGCUGUGGAUGAGGAGCGUCCUGGGCGGCAGGUGGCAACGACCCCCAUGGGAAGUCCUCAUAUCGUGGUGUGGCAGCAGGGGGACGGCAUCUCUUGCGGGACGGAGACGCAGAGGACUCCAGACCGACACGAGGAAGGAGGGCGACGAUGGAAGCGGCUGCAGUGGGGGACUGGAGUGGAACUGAGCUUCGCUGGCCGUGAAUUCCGCUGCCGCUGUCGACGACGUCAGCCCCACCCUCUGCCACUGCCGGGAUGGCAACCGUCGCCUGCGGAGGAGCGGGGACUGGAGGCAGAGGUGGGGACAGGAGGGGGAGGCGGCGAGGGGUGGCGCCACUGGCCCAAGCGGCUGGGGAGGCAGCCGAGGAGAUGA